AUGGAGAUAACAUAUAAUACCAAUCUUAAACCAUUACAGGAUGCAUUGGCGCUAUGUGACAAGGGCUCGUUGUUCUGUGUGAAGGGCGAGAAGGAGUUGCCAAUGCCAAAGAUAGUGGUCAAGGAUGUUGGAACGAUGUCAUUCCCAGUGACACAGGAGCAGGUACAGAAGUUGAUUGAACGAGCUACUCGCGCACCAUAUGGCAAGGGAACAGAGACGAUCACAGAUCUCAACGUGCGACGUGUCUGGCAGUUACAGAACACAGACAUCAGCAUCACUGGCAACAAGUUUGACAAGUUCUUCAAUGGCGCGAUCAAUAGUGUCAAGGAGACGAUGGGUCUGGCCGGAGAGACAGUGACAGCAGAGUUAUACAAGAUGCUCGUCUAUGACAAGGGUGGCUUCUUCUUGCCACAUCGCGACUCUGAGAAGGUGGUCAAGAUGUUUGGAACACUCGUGCUCUCGCUGCCUUGCUCGCAUCGUGGAGGCGACCUCGUCAUCACGCACUCGGGCAAGCAAGUGGUGGUGUCAUUGGAGAACGACACAGUAUCAUCGAUCAAAUGGACAGCAUUCUUUGCUGACUGUCGACAUGAAGUCAAGCCCGUCACUGAAGGCAAUCGAGUGUGUCUCGUAUACAACCUCAUGCGAUCAGGUGGACACAAGCUCAUGCUCAGCUCAGACUCAGGCGAGCUCAUUACCAACGCACUCAACAAGGUGUUCUGUGUACAGACCAAGAGAAAGAAGAACAACGCACAGAAGCCAUUGGUCAUCGAUGAUGAAGAUGACGAGGAAGACGAGAAUGAUGACGAUGAGGACGACGAAAAUGAUGCCAAGGUACUCAAGAAGUCAAGGACAUCAACAACGACAACAACUACUACCAAGACAGCUGCAUUAAAUUCGGAUGACGAGGAUGACGAAGAUGACGAGGAUGACGAAUCGGAUGAUAGCGAUGACUAUCAUCACAAUGUUGUUGGUAACAAUGACAAACCAGAGAGGAUAGUCUAUGUACUCGAGCAUGUCUACUCAAUGGCCAACUUCACUAUGGCAUCACUCAAAGGCAAGGAUGCAGCACUGGCACGAGCACUAUUGGCCAUUUCCAAACAAGCCAAUAUCAGACUGGGCUUGGGAUUCAUAGAUUGCAUGGAGUCUGGAGGAUACUAUCAUGAACGUGGUCAAUCACCUGAAUAUCUAGACAUUGAUGACACAGAGAUGUCAUUGAGGGAUGUCAAGGAUAUCGAGACAGGAGAGUUAAUCGAUGACUAUUUGGAAGUGAAUGAGGAGCAGCUCAUGCCCGACGGAUGUUUGGAUGACAUCAAACCCUACAAAGAGGAGGCUGAGGAGGCGACAGGUAAUGAAGGUGGAACAUACGAGAAGUUCUACAGACAGUCAGCCAUCGUGAUUUGGAGCACUGGUAACAUGGGCAAGUUCUAUAAUGUCAAGACAGUGAAGGGUGCUUUGAUCACAAUGAAUAAGGAGCUGACCGGAAUUGGUGGAAUCGAUAAAGACUCUUUGGCAACACUUGGUCUGUUCAAGAAAAUGACAAAGUGCCUCCACAGUGUUCCAGACAAGAUCUCCAGCGACCUCAUUCCAAUGCUCUCACUCUUGCUCUCAAUCAAGAAAGAUCAAUACCUUCCCAAAAUCAUCACAAUGAUGCUUCGAACAUUUGGUCCCGUAUUCAUUCCAAACUUGCAUCAAGACGCAUUCCUUGAGCUGAUCCUGACGCGACCAUCCAUGACACCGACAACAGUACUCCAAACAAUGUAUCAACUUGUCAAGCAUGUCCCAGUAGAGUCGGCAAUUGGAGUGAUGAUCAAGGUGAUGGACAUGUCCAACCCUCCCGCGCACUUUGCCACAUUGCUGCCGCAGGUGAUGGAUCUCAUCGCGGGUGGACUACGAACAACGCCACAAUGCAAUCACCUGACACAUCGAAUUAAUAACUAUCCAGUGUUUGAACAACAACGUCAAUCACUGUUGGACAAGGUGUCGAGGAGUGCCGACGCCAUCAACAAAAAGUUGUCCAGUGGUAAUGUUGUACCUCCAUCAAUGCCCUACACCUUUUCAUCCAGUGGUCGAUACAAGCAGCAAGCCUUCAAGACUCCUCCAAGUACACGUCUCAAGCAACAAGCUUUCAAGAACCCACCAAGGUCACAUGACGUCGAGAUCAUUGACUUGGACGAUUAA